UGCUGAUAAAAGUUGAUAACUGUUCAAAGUUUUCAACGUUAAAUCAUAUAAUUUUGGAAAUUGCGACAGUUGAAAUUUGUCUGAACCUGGAUUUUCAGCGAUUAAGUUCUAGAAGACGUAAAGAAAAUAUUGAGUCUAAUCGCCGCUGUAUUACUUACUAAAGACUAAUUAGUAUGGACUCUGACGAUGAAAUCCCAUCAUUGGUCACGGCUGCAACGAUAGAUCCGGUACCUGUAACCAUUAUUACUGGUUAUUUGGGAUCAGGCAAAACAACCCUUUUGAACUACAUACUUACAGAACAACACAACAAAAAAAUUGCUGUCAUACUGAAUGAGUUUGGCGAAGGUGACACAAUGGAAAAAUCAGUUGCUAUUGGUGAAAAAGGAAACCUUUGCGAAGAAUGGCUUGAAUUGCAAAACGGUUGUUUAUGUUGUUCAGUCAAAGAUAACGGUGUGAAAGCUAUUGAAAACCUUAUGUCCAAACGUGGAAAAUUUGACUACAUUCUAUUAGAAACUACUGGGUUGGCAGAUCCUGGACCCAUUGCAAAAUUGUUUUGGGUUGAUUCAGAGUUGGGAAGCGAUGUUCAUUUAGAUGGAAUUAUUUGUGUUGUUGAUAGCAAAAAUGCAAUUAAACUUCUUGACAACACUUUGAGAGAUGAACCUCAUUCGGAUACUAUUAACCCUUCAAUUAGACAAGUUGCAUUAGCCGAUAUUAUUCUCCUCAACAAAAUCGAUUUGGUUAAUAUCAGUACAUUAGUAGCGCUGAAGACAAUAAUCAGAUCUAUCAAUGCAAGUGCUGAAAUUGUAGAGACAACAACUAGCAUAGUUGAUUUGAAUAAAAUUCUGGAUUUAAAAUCCUAUUCUUCGUCCAACAGUUUAAGGGUGGAUGAGAUGAUAAGAAACGUGGAAAGUUUUGAAGGAAAGACUCAUAUACAUCAAAACAUCAGUACUGUUACGUUAGAAGUUACCGAUGGCAUUUUAAGAACAUCUUUGGACAAUUUUAUUUGUCAGAUCUUAUGGGAGAACACGCUGAAAGAUUCGAGGGGAAAUUCUGCAGAAAUAAUUAGAAUGAAAGGCGUAAUCAGAUUCGCUGAUGGUUCAAUAGCCAUGAUACAAAGUGUAUACGACAUGUAUGAGUUCCAAGAAUUGUCUAACAAUCUAUCAGAAGUACCGCCGGGUAGCAGAAUAAUUCUUAUAGGAAAAUGUUUAGAAAAAACUGAAUUAAACUACUUACUUAACAAAUGUAUAGAUAGUGGAAAUGGAUUCAAAGAGGAAGUAAACAGAUACAGAUAAAUGCACGGAACACAAACUGAUGUAUGGUUUUAUUGUUUUCAUUAAUUCUGCUUGAAUAAAAAAUUUAACUUAUUGAGUUUAAUGAAAAUGAA